AGAAGAUUUCUGGCGGCGACGGCGCCAUCUUGCAGGACCCUGAGACCGAGUGGGAGUGGAGUGUGGCGGCCGUUGUUGCCGGCUCUUUCCUUCUCCCCACGGUCCAGUCAGCAGGUUGAUUAGGCCAUAGGCCUUCAAGCCGAGACUUGUCUCUUAUUUAAUUCUGGGGAGCGCCUGGCCGACAUGAGUGAUGUAGAGGAGAACAACUUCGAGGGCAGAGUUAAUGUUCGUGAAGAAAUUGAAGAGUUUUUUCCAAGAAUGUGGAAGAUAAAUCAAGAUAAAAGAAGGCUAAUGAAAAGUAUUAAAGAUCAGAAAAUUAAAAUUGAAUGGGGGAAAAAAUUGAACAGAAGAUUGGUCAGAUAGAAGCACUUGAAUAUUUUUUUUAAGGCUAUUUUGAAUUGUUUGAAUUGGGGAAGAAUACACGAAGUAUGAAAAAUGAAAAACUCAAUGAAGAAUGAAGAGAAGUAGAAAGCAAGAGUGAAGUAGAAUUAAAAGAAUCUGGAAGAAUGAAUGGGUCCUAGGUUAAGUAAAUGUAUGGUUUAUGUUCCAGUGUCUGUAUGAUCAAGUUGUAGAUGAAUUUGCAUGAUUACUUAGUUAAUAGAGAAUUGGUGCUCUGGUUCAAGUAGGGAAUUAUUGAGGACAGUUAGCAGUAUUAACAUUGGGUUAUUAAUGAGCUGAAAUUUUUUCUGGAGGGUGUUGCCUAACCAUUUGUUUUUCAGGAGCAAUCAAUAUAAAUAAUUACGGUACUUUAAAUGUUAGGUGUUAGGCACCUGCGUGACCAGUGCCAUUUGUAAUACUGUCUUCUUUGUUAGGAGUCUCGCUCUCAGUCAAAAUCUCCACCUGGAACUCCUGCUCGUGUAAAAUCGGAGAGCAGGUCAGGAUCUCGUAGUCCAUCAAGGGUUUCCAAACAUUCUGAAUCCCAUUCUCGAUCAAGAUCAAAAUCCAGGUCGAGGUCAAGGAGGCAUUCUCACAGACGUUACACUCGAUCCAGAUCCCAUUCUCACUCUCAUAGGAGACGCUCUCGAAGUAGGUCAUACACACCAGAAUACCGGCGUCGAAGGAGCCGGAGUCAUUCUCCAAUGUCUAACCGGAGAAGACAUACAGGCAGCAGGGCGAAUCCAGAUCCUAACACUUGUCUUGGAGUGUUUGGCCUCAGUUUGUACACAACAGAGAGAGAUCUUCGUGAAGUAUUUUCUCGGUAUGGACCAUUGAGUGGCGUCAAUGUGGUUUAUGAUCAGCGAACUGGACGGUCAAGAGGAUUUGCGUUUGUUUAUUUUGAGAGAAUAGAUGACUCAAAGGAGGCUAUGGAAAGAGCAAAUGGAAUGGAGCUGGACGGUAGAAGAAUUCGUGUGGAUUAUUCUAUCACCAAGAGAGCCCACACACCUACACCAGGCAUCUACAUGGGCCGACCAACUCAUAGUGGCGGUGGAGGCGGCGGCGGCGGUGGGGGCGGUGGAGGUGGUGGAGGCGGCCGGCGUCGAGACUCUUACUAUGAGAGAGGGUAUGAGCGUGGUUACGACAGAUACGAAGACUAUGAUUACCGGUACAGAAGAAGAUCACCAUCUCCUUACUAUAGUCGAUACAGAUCACGAUCAAGAUCUCGUUCCUAUAGCCCACGACGCUAUUGAUAAACAGAAUGGUUGCAGUUGAGGACAUGUUUAUCUUUUCUCUCUUUCUCUUUUGUUGUUUAAUUCUGGAUUUCUCUAAUCCUUCCUAUAUCUUAAAAAGAACCCUUAAAAAACUCUGGUUUAUUUAGCAUCUACACUUUGUCAGUCGGAGUGCUGUUUUCCACCCCUUUUAUUAUUCUCUUAAAGAUGUAACUGUCAUUUUGAGUAGUUUAACAUCUUGAGUAAAAAAAGGAGCUCCCAAUGUUAUGCUUUGUAAAUGGUGUGUUGUUUGGGGUUUGUUUUUGUUUUUGUUUUUGUUUUUUGGGGGUUUUUUUUUCCUUCUUUUAUAGAAAAUAAACUGGCUAAUUAAAUGAGGAAAGAAAUCUUUUUAAAGCUUCUUUUGUGUUAGAUACUGUAUUAGACACUAUUAGAAGUCUGCAUUUACAGUGAACUCCUUUUUUAACUUUCUUUUGGGGAAGAUAGUAACACAUAAAGUAGUUCAGUCAUGUCAAAUUUGUCAGGGGUGGCAUGGAGCAGUCAAAUAGUUGAAUGCAGAAAGUUUGAAGCUAUAAAAGAAAACACUUGGUCAUUUCUUUUGAAGAAUGGAAUUUUUGAACCCUGAAUAUUAUGUCACUUUUUAAAAAUGGAAAGCUUGUGAACGCCUAUAAAACAUGUUGUAUUUAAAAUACAUCUGUUAAAAUUUACAAACUUAAAAGUGUGUUUUUUGUAUUGAAUUUAUUGAAGUUGAAGUACUCCCUUAAUCAUUGAAGGACAACCUUUAUUAUUUAUUACUUAGAGCAAUCGUAUACUUUGCUGUUAGAAAUUUUGGUGUUAGGACAAUGGUUAAGCAGGCUAUUGUAUAGUAUAGAGUCCUUAGAGGAUAUGUGUGGGGAAAAGUAGUCUCCUUUCAAAUAAAAGUUAAUUUCUUCGAAAAUGGAACUGUCUCUUUAUUGUGUUAAAAUGGGAAAAUAAAACUGGAUUGAUUUGGGAACCAAACCAGUCCUUCCUUUUUCCUGACAUUUUUGCUUAAACCUAAAUGUAUAAUCCUUGUUUCUUAUUUAGUCUUUGAAAACCUUUGUUGUACUCUCUCUCCCCUUUUUUGUUGACCAAGUUGUAAAUACUGAGUAUUCAAUAUCAAGAAUCAUGCUGAAGGAAUGAUAAAUAAUAUGGUUAUUAUCUUCAAGAAGCCCACAUUUUAGUAGGAAACACACUUAAACGACUGUAAUGUAAUGUAAGGGGAGUUUUUUAGCAGACGUGGAGGGUGUUUUAUAAAAAGCUAUAGGACCAUGAGCUCCUUUGUUUUUUCCCCUCAAAGCAGUGGGAAUAAAAUUAGAUUAUUAUGAUCUGUGUAAUAGAUUGAUAGGAUCUGUGGUAUUGAAGUGCUUCAGACAUCUUUAUUAAACAGCUACUUUUCAAAAUGUCUGUCUUUAAAAAAAAUUUUUUUUUGUAAAUAAAGAUGAUAUCCAAAGAACAAAGCAAUCUCUUGUUGGUCCCUACAGGGUUUUUGUUUAUGCCAGGUUAUUAAAAGACAGAUUCACUGCCUUAACAAGAACAUUAAUCUGUUGACUAUGGGAAUACUUUAAAGAUUGAAGCAGUAUAUCAACAAAAAGUGAGAAAACAGUCACAAUCUGGAAGCGAACUAAUAGCCUAUGAAGAGACAGUAAACAUGUAGAUGUAUCACGUAUGUGUUAAUGGAGAAAAGGCAGGGAAGGAGAAUAAGAGAGUAAGAGGGUCACAAGGUUAGGGCAGUCUUUGAAGGCUUCCCAGAGAAGGUGAAAUUUGAGUAAAAUCUGAAGGUAAGGAAGGAAGCCUUGUAGCUAUCUGGCGAGAGCAUGUUAGGUAUAGGGAACAGCUCAUGUAAUGACCUAAAGGCAGUAGAAUACCUGGAAUAUUGGAGAAAAGAGCACAGAGAUGAUCACCAAGGGCUGAGCCUUGCUGGGGAGAGAAGGGUUGGGAGGAGUGGUUUUAACAAGAGAAGUUCUUUUAGAAGGAGACUGUCAGAAAUGGGUGCACAGCUGUAAUGUUACAUAUAUAUGUAGACAUACAUAUGUGUUAGAUGUGUUAGAUUUCAUGGUGUACAUCAUAGAAAUAAAAGUGGAUAUUUUUGGGCCUCUUCUGAUACCUAUAGUACUAAAGUAAAAAUCUAAGAAUUUUUUCAGCUCAUUGAAGGUAAGAAACUUUCAGUCUGGUUCCUAUCUCUUUUGGGUCAUGGAGCCCUUAAAAAUCUGGAAAAAACUGCAAUCUGUCUUCCUGGGAAAAGUGCACAUACAAAACAAUUUGUAUACAAAUACUGGAUUUUUAAAUUAUUUUGUGUGUAGAAUAAGAUCUGUAAUAAUAUGCACCAGCUUUCUAAUCCUGAUUAUUUACCCUGUGAAGUAGUCUGGAGAAACGAACUUGCAGAAAAACAAUAGAACAAUUUUACUUACAAAUACAUGGACAUUAUGUGUAGCCCUGAGGAUAAAAGCUUCUGUCAUAGACAUUGCCCAUGGAUUCAGCAAGAAUCCAUUGCCUUUCCUGGCUGUUUGUUUUUUUAGGAUGUGGCUUAGAACAUUGGAAUUUCAUACCACCUUGAGAACUGUGAAGCACAAGUACUGGGGGUGCCAAA